AUGGACAUCAAACUGUCAGAGGUGCUCUUCGUGGAGGAACUUAAGAAGUCUGACUCGGGUUGUAUCUUCCGAGUGCGUUGGCGUGGCAUGGACUGCGUGAUGAAAGUGUUUCACACUGUUGUCCUCUCUUUCGUCCCGCCAGGUCGCGAAGUCGACAAUUUCAAAUGUGAAAGCCGGGCCUAUUCUCGACUCAAGGCGAAAGGAUUAUGUGAUCGCGGAGACAUCCCUGACUUUUACGGCACGAUAGAACAGAUAGACCCUAUGGAAUGGCAACCACACUUGAAGAGAUUUCUCAACGACCGUUUGCGCCCCAAUGCUGUCUUGAUCGAAUACAUACCAAAUAUGCGGCGAAUAGAUCUAUCUAAUUUCACAGAGGAGAGGGCCCGCAAACUGCGUCAAAUCCUCACUGAGAUCCAUGAGGCCGGUGUCUUCCAUGGUGAUCUGUAUCCGCGAAAUAUGAUGGUUCAAGAAGUUGAUCAUUGCGCAGGAAGAGCCCUGUGGAUUGAUUUCGACUGUGCUCAGACGUUAGAAGUCGGUUCGCUUACGCCACGUCAGCAGCAGUGGCUGGAGGAAGAAGACGAGUUGAUGGAUGAAUUUGUCGAUGGUCUAGUAGGGCUGACUCUCCGGUUUGAACUGGGUUACUGCUGA